GACCAAGUCUUCCCAACUCAUAGCAGCGCCUGCUGCCACUCUUCCAAAAAAAAAGUCUCUCCGGCUGCACCAGCAAUCCCUCGGUGCCUUGUCUACCGCACUUGCAGCCUCGCCACAGCACCGCGAGUUAAUGGCGCGCCCGAGUACGGUCGCCGCUCGAUGCGCAGCGCUAGGGACAUCGAUCGCCCAGAUCAUCCCGGACAUCAGCAGUUUUGCGCGCAAAGUCCGCGAUGCCAGACAUGAUCUCAAUGCCAUCAAUACCAAUCUGAUCAUUAUCAAAACGGGCCUAGGCGUUGCCCAGGAUGACUUUUCGACAAAGGCCGCUGGCCUGCCCCAAUCUCUUAUUGACGCAGUAACACGCGUCAUUGAUUCUUGCGACGACACCAGUGAUCGCCUUCAAAAGGCCUUUCUCAAACUCUCUUGUAGUGCAAACCCAAGGGAGGAUUGGCAGGACCUUCGAGACGGGCCUUUGGUUAACCUUCGUCACGAUCUGGACGCCUCAAAAGUCAUCCUGGAGCUGUCUCUGGACUAUCUCGCCCUAUUCGGUCAGCAGGAUACUCUGGACGCUCUGCUCCAGAAUUAUGUCAGCGAUCUGAUCACUCACAGCGAUGAUCUCUUGAAGCGAACAGAUACAGAUGAGAUUCAUGUUAAUCAAACAGCACGGGAAACGCUUUCUGCGCUACUUCAGGCUGUUCGCUUACUCCGGUCAUGCAUUACAGCCGUGUCAAAAGAAGGAACCCCAACGACAACAACGCAACCAGCAAAGAGAUCAGUAAUCCCGCGGCCAGAUUCGUUAGAGCCCGUUCUGGGCGAAACGCCUCGAAGCGGAAGGAAGAGUCCCAAUGGUAGAAAGAGUCCGAGUGCCCAGAGUUCGUCCCAUGCGAGCAUGAACGACAGUGGCAUUGGUACAUGGCUCGCCAAUGUCCCGUCGUUUGAAGAUACGCAACCCCUCUCGUAUUCCAACAUUGAGCAAUCGUCAAUGUUGCGUCUCGUAGUGCCCUCUUUGCAGGAGCCCGUUACCCCAUCACGCGGUACCUUUUAUACUGAAGACUGCGCCUCCUCCGCUCAAACCCUCGUGGCACCAGAAUCGCGACUGAAGAAGUCGUACAGCUGGUGCACCGACUUAUCAGGAAAGGCAAGCACCCGAUUACAGCUCGCAUCGAGCUAUGCAUCCAGACACGCAUCCAAAUAUGCGUCCAUUGUUUCUGGCUCGGAUAUAUCAAUUAUCCAUAAGAAGAUCACCUCGGAUCGGAUAGCCGUUACAAAAGGCAAAAGAAAAGAGUUGGAGCCCCGCCAGAGGGAGGCCGUUGACCGCAUCCUAGCAAACAUACCUGCAGAAGCAACAGCUGCUGAAGUAGAAAGAGUCAUUUGGGAAGGCGCGACUCCAAUGGCACCACAUCCCGAGUUUGGAUACUUCUUCAUGAGAGCAGCCUACGAAAUGUCCACGGAGAUACUGCCUCUUCUAACGGAGUUUGGAGCAGAUAUCACUCGGAAAAACGUCUCACCAACGUCAUACUACACCGUUGUGCAUGCCGCCACAUUAGGAUGUCAACUCGAUACAGUACGUUACCUCGCUUCUCAGGGUCACUCACUCGACACGCCCGACUUUCACGGUGAAACUCCCCUUCACCUCGCUCUCCGAACGCCUGGAGCGUCGGCAAUAGCAAAGUACUUAGUAGAAGCCGGUGUGGAUGUCAACUCGGAAUCAAGGGCUGGACAAACGCCGCUACAAGUAGCUCUCAAAUCAGCUGGACUGGAACCUCGAGACCGAAGCGUGUUGAUUGCGCUACUCAUUGCACAUGGAGCCGAGGGCGAGGCAGAGGUUAAGAGAGUAAUGGAAUGCAGGAGGGGUAAUGAGAAGGGGAAAAGCGUUCUUGGACUAACUUGACAUUGAACAGGUAGUCCAUGAUUGGGUCUCACAUAAUUUUUUCUUGUGUAAUGUUCGUCACGCGACUGUGUCGCCCAAACUAAAUAGCAUCCUGGCCGCAUCUUUCUUGGAUGGGCUUCGCAUUUUUUAUUGUACAUUGGAUUUAGGCUAGCGAGGGGCAAACAUGGACAGAUACCCAAUAUUCUCUAUUGCAAUAUCGCUGUUGGCAUAUUUACGGGACUCAGGAGCGAUACCUGGACCAAGCCUCGCCUGUAUUUUAGAAGCGGCUAUGGUUAUACUGGCGACAAUAAAAAUUGGCUUGGAACUCUGAUUUUAAUUUUAUUUUCUCUUAGACAGUAUAGAAAUUUAAACAAAGCUCAGCGAUUAUGAGUCGUUUCCGC